UUUUUGGCAUGGGGGGAGUGGGGAAGACAACUCUCGCCAAAGAAUUGUUUAACCGUAAGAGUUUGAACUACAAAAGAACAAGUUUUUUAUUUGAUGUGCGAGAAAAUUAUGUUACAAGCCAAUUACCUUCCUUGCAAGGUAAGCUUAUCAAAGAUCUAUUUGAAAAAGAGAUCAAUUUUACAAGUACAGAGGAAGGAACAGCCUGUAUCAAAGAUUGUCUACAAAGGAGCCUCAUUUUAAGUGUCUUAAUUGUUGUAGAUGACAUCCAUCAUGUGGAGCAGUUGAAUGCUCUAGCAGUCAUGGAUAUCUUAAGAAAAUCUGGUAAUAGUCUGAUUAUUGUGACAACCCGUGAUGCUGGUGUGCUUAUAUCAGCAGGGAUUACUGUUGGUUAUAACUUAAAAGGAAUGGAUAGAAAUUAUGCGAGAGAACUCUUUUGUUGGCAUGCCUUCCGCCAAGGCCAUCCUUGUAGUGGGUAUGAGGUACUGGUUGACAACUUUGUAGACGUGUGUGGAGGCUCACCUUUGUCACUUCAAGUGCUGGGAAGACAUGGUCAUGGUAGACAUCAUAGGUAUUGGAGUUCAGAAUUGACUAAAGUCAGUAAGACGCUGCCUCGGGAUGUAAAACAAAGACUGUUAAUAAGUUUUGAUGCAUUGGACGAUGAUGAAAAACAGGUUUUCAUGGAUACUGCUUGCUUUUUUGUGGGUAAACCGAAGAGUAUAGCUGAAAGAUAAUGGGAGCGAUCAGGAUGGGAUGCACAACAUGUAUUGGAAACGCUGAAAGACAAGUGUCUUGUAGAAGAAAUCAAAAUUUGGGAUCGGGAUGAAGGAAAGACAGUUGGAUUGAGAAUGCAUGACCACCUGAGGGACUUGGGAAGAGAAUUGACAUUGAAGCUCAGUUCUCCUCAUCGCCUGUGGCAUCCUCAAGUUCUGAAAUCUUUCGUAUGCUUGUUAUGCCUCUAGAUUCCUUCUUAGUAUUGUAAUUUUACAAGUCGUAAAUUGUCACUAAACAGAGAAAACUAAGCCGCUACCGUGCCUGCAGGAAUUAGGCGGUUUAAAAAAUAUACUCACCAAAACCAAUCUCAGGUGUUUUUAUGCUUUUUUCGACAAGUCCAUGGAUAUUCGAGUUACAUUCUUUUUAGGCCAGGCAGAUAGUUGUCUUGAGACGUCAGAUUCCUUAAUAUGGCUCCCCCUUGAGCAGAACUCCAAAGAACAGCCAAGCAUUCCUAUAUGGAUUCCUCUUCGAAAAUUGCAUUAUUUGAGAAUCCACUUGGGACAACUGAAAACGUCGUGGGAGAAUAGAAUACAGGCACCGUCCCAGUUGAAAGAGCUGCAAAAUUUUCAAACCUCUUCAAAAGAGUUUCUAGAUUUUCGAGGAAUAUCAGAUGAUUUAGAGAAUUUGCUCUUAGAUGCCACAGGAUUGCCAAUCCAAGGUUUGUCUUUACUAGAAUCUCUGAGCAUGAAUCUUUCUACUUUAUGUCUGAGGUUUUCCACAUUAAGAGGGGAGCAGGCUUCCACUAAAAGAGGAGACAUGACUCCCUGUAAAUCUUUGGUUAUCUUGAAUUUCAAAUUUAAUGAGGAAUUGCAUUGGGAUAGUGGGAAGGCCGCAAUGAGUGGGCUUGAAAAGCUAGAGAAUAACGGUGAAAAAUUUGUAUCCAAGAUCUUAAUUAGUGGGAUUCACUAUCCAAGCCUUGAGUCUAUCAAACUUCAUUACAUGGAAAAUCUUACGGAAGUGAAUUUAACAAGGGUAAAGACAUUAAAUUUUCUUGAUAUAAGAAAUUGUCCAAAUCUCAAAACAUUGGCAGCAACAUCUGAUCUUCCAAAUCUUAGGAACUCGACAAGUGUGUCAGGAACUCAAUAUCUUAGGAAUGUUGCAGGAUCAAAGGUUAACAAUUGUAUGGAUUUGAUAGCAGUUGACCAUUUUAAUAGUGUAUCAGGAAUAUCCGAUUUUAGGAUGCUGGGACAAUUUAAAAUUAGCGAAUGCCAGGAGCUUGAAGAGCUAUGGCUUGGGCAUCUGUGUUGCCUGGAAAAAAUCACAAUUGAAAACUGUAAUCAUUUGAAGUACUUGUGCUUCAGUGGUAUGAAGUGUCUGGAGAUCAUAACAUUUCAGACAAAUGUGAUGGUGAAAUAUUUUCAGUUGGAUGAUUGCCAAAAUUUAAAAACAAUAGAGUUUUCUUGUGAAGAACUUGUAGAAUUAAGCAUUUGCGGCUGUCCAGAGCUCGAGAAAUUGCCAGCUUUUAAAGGUCUAAAUUGCCAUGAGAGGAUUAUAAUUGAUGGAUGUGGUAAGUUAAAAUAUCUUCAGUUAUAUCAUUGUCGAAAUUUGAAAAGUGUGUCGGUUAACUCUAUUAGAUGUUUGCAUGUUACUAGUUGUUCUGAGCUUGAGGAGUUGUCAUGUCUUUCCAGAGUGGAGAAAAUUGAGAUUUGUCAAUGUGAGAAGAUACAGAAUAUUAGGCUGCCAAAGGCACUCAUCUGUCUUUCUGUAGAAGGUUGCACAGAUUUGCAAAGAAUAGGAACCGGUUAUCUUAUGAAGCUCAGAAAGUUGACUAUUAGAAAGUGUCCUAAGCUUGAGGAGUUGUCAUGUCUUUCCAGAGUGGAUGACAUGGAGAAAAUUGAGAUUUGUAAGUGUGAGAAGAUACAGAACAUUAGGCUGCCAACGGCACUCAUCUAUCUGUCUGUAAUAGGUUGUAGGGAUUUUCAAAGAGUAGCAGGGACCGGUGACUUUACGAAGCUUAGAGAGUUGACUAUUAGUAAUUGUCCUGAGCUCGAGGAGUUGCCAAGUCUUUCCUUAGUGAACGACAUUCAGAAAAUUGAGAUUUAUCGUUGUGAGAAGUUAAGAAACAUUAGGCUCCCAACAACACUCAUGUGCCUGUCUGUAGAAAGUUGCAGAGGUUUGCAAAGAGUAGCAGGAACCGGUGAUCUUAUGAAGAUUAGAGAGUUGACUAUUACAGAGUGUCCUGAGCUUGAGGAGUUGCCAUGUCUUUCCAGAGUGAACACCAUGGACAAAAUUGAGAUUUAUCAGUGUGAGAAGAUACAGAACAUUAGGCUGCCAACCAUACUCAUCAGUCUGUCUGUAAAAAGUUGCAGAGAUUUGCAAACAGUAGCAGGAACCGUUGCCGAGUCUUUCCAGAAUGAUCUGUUUGGAGCAAAUUGUGAUUGA